CACAUCAGUUACUACUCACUAUUAAGCAAUGGAGCCUUCUUCUUCUUCUUCUUCUUCUUCUGCUCUUCCUUGUUUGCCAAACAUCACGGACCUCACAGCGCAACACAUAGGGUUUCUGGAUGAACACUUGCGAACCAAACAAGACCUAUCUCGCGAAUCCUCUGAUCUUCUUCUCUCCUCAUCGCUCGCACAACAAUAUUCUCAACUAGAGUCACACCUCUUGAACCACCUCACGAAACGCGCCGUUUCGUGGAUCUCUCGCUCCUUCAAAUCCAAAUCAUCACUGCAACAACUCUCCCUCGCUCUCCAAAACCUCUCCCUCCGCACUUCACCACAUGGGAUUGGCUCGAAGAAGUUUCGGGGGGUGCUGAGUGAGGAGAUUCCUCGAUUGGCCAAUGAAAUGAACCGAAUUCACUCUCUUCAUUGCUAUUUUGAUACUGCUGUACAGUUGGAAGCUCUGGUUGGGGAUCUUGAAGAUGCUGCUCUCUUUGUCAUGGCUCGCCAUGCAGGGAAUAUGUUUUCAUUGAAGCCUGCGAUUUCACCAAUCUCUAACGAUACUGCACGAAAGCAUGACAAAUUGCUUCAGGCCAUAAAAGCCAUGAAUGAUAUUGAAGAAUUGUUGGUUAAUGUUGUGAAAUUCAAUCCUCAGUGGCAUUGUCUUCUGAAAUCUGUUGACAUUAGAGUAGAUAAAAUUUUGGCUGCACUCCGGCCACAAGUUUUUGCAGAUCACCGGGCUCUUCUUGUCUCUCUUGGGUGGCCACCAAAACUGCUGCCGUCAAACAACGGAAGCGAACAAAUAGCAGGCAUUCCCAAUCCAUUAGUUCUUAUGCAAGAAGAUAAAAGAAGAAAUUACUCUCGUAGUUUUAUUGCUCUUUGUGCUUUGCAGCAUCUGCAAAAUAGAAGGGAAGGAAGACAACUCAACAAUCUUGUAAAAAGAGAGAAGAAUAUACAGCUUUGGGCCAUUGAUGAACUAGUGUUUCCUGUUGCAUCAAGGAUGGAAUACCAUUUUGCCAAAUGGACUGAGCAGCCAGAAUAUAUGUUUGCUCUGGCAUAUAAAGUUACCAGAGAUUUUAUUACAGGAAUAGAUGAUGUCUUGCAGCCUCUUAUUGACAAGGCUAGGCUUCUCAGUUGUAGUGCAAAGGAGGCAUGGGUCUCUGCAAUGGUCCAAAUGCUUUCUGACUUUCUAGAAAAGAAGAUUUUUCCUUUGCUUGCUGAAAGGUACAAAGUUAAGCAUUUGAAACCUGAUGUAUUAUCUUCAUGGCUUCACCUUGUGGACAUUAUCAUUGCUUUUGACAAGAAGAUGCAAUCUCUGGUCAAUCUGGAUACUUGUUUCUUGGCAGAGUCUGAAAGUGUUGAAGGGCUCUCAAGAGGCAUGUCAGUUCUAUCAAUAUUUUGUAAUAGGUAUGAUUGGCUGAAGAUCUGGGCAAAAAUAGAGUUCAAAAAUGCUUGGAAGAAGCUUAAUACAGAGCUGAAAGAGGAGAAAGCAUGGGUGAUUUCUAAGAAAUGUAAAUCUCGGAUUGACACUGAUCAGGAAUCUCUGGCAUCUACUGUAGAAGAUCACAAAGCUCCACCUAUUGCAGAAUUGUUUCUUAAAGUUAUCUGGGAAAUGAUUGAACGCUGUCAAACAAUGCCAUCUAUGUUAUCACGUGCCCAGUUUAUUAGAUCUACUGCAGGAAGAUUCCUCUGGUAUUUCUUUAAGAUAUUACUUUUGCGGUUCAAGGCAACUGAUUUAUGCCUUGAUAAUUCUGACAAUGUUGCCAUAGUUAGAGCAUGUGGGUUAAUAAACGCUGCCAGAUACAUUUGGGUUAAAUUGCAAGAAUGGAGCGAUGCUGUGGAUUUUUUGGAGAUGAAAAUUGCUGAAAAUGAUUCUGGCAACCCUGUACUGAAUGAUAUGAUGGAUUAUGACUGCUUUUUUUAUGAAGAAAUAAGAAGCUUGUCUGAAAUGGAAACCAACUGGCUUAUGGAAAUUAUUGCUGUUGUUCUUCGACAGUUUGAAAUGCUCUCCUGGGAAUAUGUUCAAAACAAUGUUAAUUUUGAGCAAGGUCAAGAUGGUACAAAUCUAAGAGAGGCUGUUGAUUUAGUAGUCUCCAAUGAUUUUGUUGAUGCUUUAGAUGCUUUAAAGAGUUGGCUUCAUAUUGUGAAGAUAAAUCUCAAUACAAAGGAUUUCUUGGAUUUGUGGAGGAGCAUUGCUGAGGGGCUAGAUCAUUACAUUUCAUGCAGCAUUGUCACAAGUGAGAUUCAGUUCUCUAAGAUGGGCAUCAAUCAAUUUGAAGCUGAUAUGCAAGCACUGAUAUUUAUUUUUCAGCCAUAUUGUGCCCGGCCACAAGCAUUUUUUCCUUGUAUUAAUGAGAUUCUUAAACUUUUGAAACUUAGAAAGGAAGAGGGAAAGCUAAUGCAAGCGUUUCUGUCCAAUGAUGAUAAUGGAUCAGAGUGUUUGCAUCUAUAUGGAAUUUCUCAUCUAUCAGUUAAUCAAAUUCUUCAAGUUCUUAGAUACAAAAGUUGGGCCAGUUGAUUUAUACAAUAAAUUGAAAAGAAUUUUCUCUAUUUGUGGUUUAUAGUAUACAUAAAUUUAUUGAAAAAUUUGACCCCUAAUAUUCCAUGUGUGAUUGGGUAAGCACAUGGAACAUUGUGACCUAGACUUUUUACAUUUGAAAACAAGUGAUUAAUUGAGGAAUGAGAAGUUGAAAAAUUGUGAUGCAGGGGGACAAUUGUUAUUCUGCAGUGAGCCCUCUCCCUCUUCCACUAUCUCUUGCUUUGCUCAAGUGCAGUGGAUCUCCCUACAAUGUGUAAAAGUUAUUGACAACAUUUUGGAAGCCACCAUUA